AUGGACCCCAAGGGCGCCAGCGGCACCUUCAAGAGGUCCUCUCUCAAACGUAGCACGUCCGGCUCACAGAAGGCACAGCGAGUCUGGAUUGAAAGGACGUUUCUGAAAAGAGAAUGUAUACACAUCUUUCCCACUAAGGACACAACCAGGUGUUCAUGUGGUCAGCUGACAACGCAACAUGUGGCCAUCCCACCCGGCGCCAACUCUCUAGAAGAGGCCCACCAGCUUGUGCAGAUCGACACCCUCAAGGACAAAUGGAGCGUGAUCAAGCACACCAGGACCUACCCGACGGACUCUUUCGGCGUGAUCGAGUUCCAGGGUGGCGGGUUCAUCAACAAGGCCAUGUACAUCCGAGUCUCCUACGACACCAAACCGGACAACCUGCUGCAUCUGAUGGUGAAGGACUGGCAGCUGGAGCUGCCCACUUUACUCAUCUCUGUGCACGGAGGCCUCCAGAACUUUGACCUUCAGCCCAAACUCAAGCAAGUUUUUGGCAAAGGCCUGAUUAAAGCCGCCGUCACCACUGGUGCAUGGAUCUUCACGGGUGGCGUCAACACAGGCGUGAUCCGUCAUGUGGGAGAUGCCUUGAAGGAUCAUUCCUCCAAAUCACGAGGGAAAGUGUGCGCAAUAGGAAUCGCCCCUUGGGGCAUCCUGGAGAACAAAGAGGACCUCAUCGGGAAAGAUGUGACCAGACCAUACCAGACCAUGGCCAACCCACUGAGCAAAUUAGCGGUACUCAACAACAGCCACUCGCACUUUAUCCUGACCGACAAUGGCACUUGCGGCAAGUACGGCUCUGAGGUCAAACUGCGGCGCCUGCUGGAGAAGCACAUCUCGCUGCAGAAGAUCAACACCCGUCUGGGCCAGGGAGUUCCACUGGUGUGUCUAAUAGUGGAAGGAGGUCCGAAUGUUAUUUCCAUCGCACUGGAGAGUCUGCGAGACGAGCCUCCCAUUCCGGUGGUGGUGUGCGAUGGGAGCGGCCGUGCUUCUGACAUUAUUUCUUUCGCACAUAAAUUCUCAGAAGAUGGAGGGUUGGUUAGCGACGAUGUGCGAGAUCAACUUUUGGUGACCAUUCAGAAAACGUUCAACUACAGCAAAAGCCAGUCGCAGCAAAUCCUACUCAUGGUGAUGGAGUGUAUGAAGAAGCGGGAACUGAUCACCGUUUUUCGAAUGGGUUCUGAGGGUCAGCAAGAUAUAGAAAUGGCCAUUCUUACGGCCUUGUUAAAAGGCACGAACGCUUCCGCGGCCGACCAGCUCAGUUUGGCGCUGGCUUGGAACCGAGUGGACAUUGCUCGCAAUCACAUCUUUGUCUAUGGACAUAAUUUACCUCCUGCCGGUGCCAUCGCUAGCACGACGACCACGCUUGUCCCGGCCCAGGAAAAGCAGAAGAGUCCUGCCAGCGCCCCUCGCAACAAAAACCGGGGAAAGAAGGGGAAGGGCAAAGGAAAGGCUAAACCGGAACCUCCAGAAGAAACAGAUCCACGCAAGUUGGAGCUCAUUCGUUGGGUAAAUUCUCUGGAACAGGCCAUGAUGGAUGCUCUGGUACUAGACAGAGUGGACUUUGUCAAGCUGCUUUUGGAGAAUGGUGUAAAUAUUCACCAUUUCCUCACUAUUCCAAGACUGGAGGAGCUGUACAAUACGAAACUCGGCCCAGCGAAUACUCUGCACGCCGUAGUACGAGAUGUCAAAAAGGGAAACCUUCCCCCUGAUUACCAGAUCACCUUGAUUGACAUCGGCCUGGUGCUGGAGUACCUCAUGGGUGGCGCUUACAGGAGUAAUUAUACCAGAAAGGCUUUUCGCAACCUCUACAAUACUCUGUACGGACUUAAAAGGCCCAAAGCGCUCAAGCUUCUCGGGAUGGAGGAUGACGAACCUCGACCUAAAGGCAAGAAAAAGGCGAAAAAGAAAAAGGAGGAAGAGGUGGAGAUUGACGUGGAUGAUCCAGAGGUGUGUCGCUUCAAGUAUCCUUUCCACGAGCUGAUGCUGUGGGCGGUGCUGAUGAAGCGGCAAAAGAUGUCGCUCUUUCUGUGGCAGCGGGGAGAAGAGGCGAUGGCCAAGGCACUGGUGGCAUGCAAACUCUUCAAGGCCAUGGCCCACGAGUGCUCAGAGAGCGAGCUAGUGGACGACAUCUCCCAAGACUUGGAGAACAAUUCCAAAGAGUUUGGUCAGCUGGCAUACGAACUUCUCGACCAGUCUUACAAGCACGACGAGCAAGUCGCCAUGAAACUUUUGACCUACGAGCUGGUGAAUUGGAGCAACUCCACCUGUCUGAAGCUGGCCGUAGCCGCCAAGCAACGAGACUUCAUUGCCCAUACCUGCAGCCAGAUGUUGCUCACAGACAUGUGGAUGGGAUGCUUGAGGAUCGGAAAGAACCCUGGCCUGAAGGUCAUUUUGGGAAUCAUCUUUCCACCACUAAUUCUUCUGCUGGAUUUCCGUCUCGGAGAUGACGUGGCCUACAUUGCACCUGCAGGCAAAGAAGAGGGGAAAGACAAAGAUGAGGACACAAAGUCCAGCAAGGACCCCAAUGACGCCACUUCCCGGAAGGGGGAUGAAGAGGAAGGCAAUGCCAAUGUCCGCAAAAUCCCAAUUGGCAAAAGAUUAUUUGAAUUUUAUGAUGCACCCUUCACCAAAUUUUGGUUCAACACAAUAUGCUACCUAGGUUACCUGAUGUUGUAUAAUUACAUCAUCUUGGUAAAGAUGGAGCGAUGGCCAUCCUUACAAGAGUGGACCGUCAUUGCUUACAUUCUUACCCUCGGUAGUGAGAAAGUCAGACAGAUAUUGAUGUCCGAGCCUGGCAAGCUAAAACAGAAGAUCAGCGUGUGGCUGGAGGAGUACUGGAAUAUCACCGACUUGGUGGCCAUCUCCACCUUCCUCCUCGGUCUAAUGCUGAGGCUGCAGAGAGAGCCUUACAUGGGCUACGGGAGAGUCAUUUACUGCAUAGACAUCAUCUUCUGGUACAUCCGAGUCCUGGACAUCUUUGGAGUCAACAAAUACUUGGGACCCUACGUGAUGAUGAUUGGAAAGAUGAUGAUCGAUAUGAUGUACUUUGUGGUCAUCAUGUUGGUGGUGCUCAUGAGCUUCGGGGUGGCCCGCCAAGCCAUCCUUCACCCUGAUGAGGAGCCCACGUGGCGUCUGGCUCGGAACAUUUUCUAUAUGCCCUACUGGAUGAUCUAUGGAGAGGUUUUUGCCGACUCGAUAGACCUCUAUGCAAUGGAAAUCAACCCUCCAUGUGGUGAGCAUUUGUAUGAUGAAGAUGGAAAGAAGUUGCCGCCGUGUAUUCCUGGCGCCUGGCUCACACCUGCAAUUAUGGCCUGUUACCUUCUCGUGGCCAAUAUUCUCCUUGUCAACCUACUCAUUGCUGUCUUCAACAACACCUUCUUCGAGGUUAAGUCAAUCUCCAACCAGGUGUGGAAGUUUCAGCGCUAUCAGCUGAUAAUGACGUUUCACGACCGGCCCAUCCUGCCACCGCCGCUCAUCAUCUUCAGCCACCUCUACAUCCUCUUCAGCAGGCUCUUUCGACGCUGCGCCAGGAAGAAGCAAGAUGGCGAACUUGACGAGAAGGAUCGCGGUCUUAAGCUAAGACUGAAUCCGGAGGAGCUGAAGAAUCUGUACGAGUUUGAAGAACAAUGUGUGGAGGAAUAUUUUCGGGAAAAGGAAGACGAGCAGCAGUCCUCGAGCGAUGAACGCAUCAAGGUUACCUCUGAAAGAGUUGAGAACAUGUCCAUGCGUCUGGAGGAGGUUAACGAAAGGGAGAACACCAUGAAGGCCUCCCUGCAAACGGUGGAUCUGCGCUUGGCCCAACUGGAGGAGAUCCACGGACGCAUGGCGCUGGCCUUGGAGAAGCUGGCGGGGGUGGACCGGCUGGAGCUGACCAGGACUCAUUCCCGCAAUUCGUCAGUGUGUGACCCCUCAUCUUUAGUUCGUCAAGGGAGCAUCAACAGUGCCGACGGGUACAGCUUGUACCGCUUCCACAUGGACAUGGAGGAGUUUGCGAGCAAGCAGAAGGAUGUGGAAGAACCGCUGAAAAGUGGUCUGGAGAGAGAGAAGAGUACAACGUCCAGCAUUGCUAAGGAGAGUGUUCACAACUUAGAAGUGGGCAGCCUGAGUAGAACAAGGCCCGGUUCUUGCGUGGACAUCCUCAUAUCUCCAUGUGAACCCAAGCAGGCAUCUGCAGGAUCGAGUCACGACAGCUUAAGUGACAAGCUGCUGCUCGGAAGUUCGCAGCUUCUAGAUCGAAUCGCAGACAAGAACAGACUCAAACCGUCCUCGCCGCCUAAACGGACUAAAUCGCUGAGACACUACCCGGCCGAAGAAACGGGGCCCUCUCCGUUGACCAAGAGGAGGAGUAUGAGCACCAUUGUCAUCAGCCCUCCCGAUGAACCAGAAGAACCGGCUGACGUUGCUAAUGAAGUCCAACUUCCUCCGGUGACAUCCUCUUCCCCAAAACGGACCAAAUCAUUACGUAAUGUCCCUACCGAGAAUCCGGACCAAACUUCCCCCGUCACAAAGAGGAGGGCCAUGAGCAGCAUUAUUUACAGGCCGGCGGAAGCACUCGACGAUGAGCUCCACGCGCAAGACUACACGUCGUUUGUGGAACAGGCGGCCAAAACGCCCAAACAAUGGCCUGCCGAUCUGGAGUACACGUUACACCCAAGCUCUGUCGGUUACAUGCCUAAAGUGUCAACAGUCAGAAGGACCAUUCAGCAGUUUCAAACCACCGCAGGAGCAGAGCUCCAAGCAACUGACGGUAUGGAUCCGGUUCCCGCGGAAAGACAAGAAGCGCUCCCAGGAGAACAAAUAAAGACUAGGGUGAAACGAAACAUGUCGGAUGGUGCGCAGUACCUGACCGUAGCGGAAGAUAUGUACCUGCCCUCGCAUAGGUCCCUGAGUUGGAACGCAAAAGAUCGCAAAGCAAGAGGCGCGCUUGUUAGCAGGAGAGCGUGCAGCAGUGAGCGAGACCUCGUGGACGUGGGCAGGGAAGCAAAGACGGAUCAGGACACGCCAUCAUGA